AAUAUAUUUAUUUAUUUAUUUUUUUCUUUUUUUGUAUCGCUUUUGAAUUUUUUUUUCUUUCUUCCUUUUCUUUUUAUUUAUAUACAUUUUAUUUUGAAUGUUCGGAUGUUUCUUUUUGCCAACUUCUGGGCAAUUUUGUUGUCUUGUUGUUUCCUUAUUUCAAUAAUUAGGGCACAAGCUUCUCCAAAAAACCCUUUCAUAUGGUAUAUAAAUAAAAUGAAAAGAAAGUAAUCGUACAAAUGGAUUAACCUUCUCUUAUUGGCUACACAGGCAAAUUCUUGCUAAAUAUGACUUGGCUCAGUCAAAUAAAACUAAACAUUACAUACCCACAACCUCCUCAAAAGUCUAUAGUCCAGAGUUCCAGACAGUAUAUGAAUAUAAAGACCUCUUUGGCUAUAAUGAACGUCUUGUAAUGGAUUUUGGUGAUGCAUGUCCAAACACAACCAUAAAUGACAUUGAAGCCUUAAAUGGCAACUGGGCUACAAGUCCAUCGAUGAUGUCACAACCUUCCAUUGCACUUGCUCAACGAUCAGGUCGUUGUCAACGUUGGUCAGAAAAGAUUGCUACUAUCCAAUCACUUUCAAAUCUAUACGGUCUACAAAUCACAGGUGUUGUUAUUUAUGAUGAUGUUCCUUACAACGAUACGAUUCUGAUUCAAGAAAACACAAAUGAUAUGGCUUACCCAACUUGGCAACAGUCUCAGGAGCCUCCAGCUGAACGUAACAUUAAGAACAUGACUUUCGAAAAUGAUAUCAACACCGGUACAACCUUUGUUGCUGUUUAUUAUGUUCCAAAACGAUAUAUUGAUGUAUUGAAUAAAACAUUCAUACAAAACACAUUGGAAAGAAAUGGAACAUGGCAAUACUAUAUUCAAUUGACUUUUUCAUUAAGUGAAAAUCAUUUCCCAUCUUCAAGUGAUCCCAGCAAUACCACAUUCGAUAAUCAACAAGACGGUACUAAUGAAUGGGAUAACGAAAAAAAUGAACGCAAUUACAUUAUUUAUUCCGUUACUGCUGCUGCUCUGAUCAUCAUCAUCUUUGUCAUCACACGUUGGUGUCGAGCCAUGCGUAGACCGAUAACAACUAUAGAUCCUGUAGCUCUUGAGAAUAUGUUAUUGGCCGAAAUAGUCGUUACAGAUGUGAUACCAUUCGAAAGACUUGAUCUCAUUUGCCCAAUGAAAAAAUACAAAGAAGUGACGAUGCUAAACACAACAUGUGCAAUAUGUUUAGAUGACUUUAUGAAUGACUUUUAUGUUCGUGUAUUACCAUGUCAGCAUGGCUAUUGUACUGCAUGUAUUGAUGUUUGGUUAACAAAGAAAUCAAGUCUAUGUCCUAUCUGUAAAUAUGAUUGUAAGAAAGCAUUAGAUAACAGUAAAGAAGAAGAUGAAGUGGCUAGAACGAAUGACGAGCAACAAGAAAGAAGCAUGCAUCCUAUAAAUAGAUUAUCAAUUGAAGAGCAGGCUUCGAACAUGAAUAAUAAUGAAAACAGGAUAGUAAUAGAACGACAAUCAUCAUUAGAUAUCACAGUUAAUAACCAAACAAAUCAUCCUUCUAAUCAAAUAUGAUAUUAUCUGUAUAAUAAUAAAUAUUUAUCUACUAUGUCAUCAUUGAGAAAAAACAAACAAACAAUUCCUCUCCUUUUUUU